GCAGCUGAAAUUAGUCUGUUAGGAUCUUUUCUGGUCUCUGUGCUGAUCAUGGAUUUUUCUGUCUACCUCCCGACUUUGCUUUCUCUCCUUUCUCAAUGCACAGCUCAGUGGUGUUACCAGAGCCAGUACUCCUGUGACGACACAUGCAGCGAUCCUAUCCGCUGGGCAGCUCAGUUUCCCAGCUGUGGAGGAUUACGCCAAUCACCAAUUAACAUUGUCACCAGCAAAGUGCACGUCAACAGCGCCCUGCCACCCUUCGAAUUCAUCGGUCACACCAACACAAUCAACAUUACAGUGAAAAAUAAAGGACACUCUGCUCACUUCACUCUGCCGCAGUCAGUCCGACUGACUGGAGGAGCUCUGCCCGGUCAAUACAGAGCCGCCCAGUUUCACUUCCACUGGGGAGGUGAUGGUAGACCGGGAUCUGAGCACACCAUUGACGGAGAGAGGUUCCCCAUGGAGCUGCAUAUAGUCCACAUCAAGGAGCCUUACGGCUGUCUGGCAGAGGCAGAACAUGAUAUGGCGGGUAUAGCUCUGCUGGCCUUCCUGUUUGAGGAAGCAUCAGAUGAUCAUCCUUAUUUGGACGCAGUGAUAGCUGCUUUGGGCCGAGUACAAAACAAUGGCAGCAGCACAGUGAUCCCAAACUUUCGACUUAGUGACAUCGUCCCGUCAGCGAAGGACCUCCAUAGAUACUACCGCUAUGUGGGCUCCAUGACAACUCCAGGAUGUGAACAGGCAGUCGCCUGGACACUGUUUCACAGGACCCUGUCCAUCAGCAGUCGACAGCUGUAUGCAAUAGCUCAGCAGUGUCGAUUCUGGACGGGAAAGCCCAUGACUGACAUCUUCAGACCUACGCAGCCUCUGGACGGCAGAGUUGUGUAUCAGUCCAAGGCGAGUGCCACUCUGACGAGUACAAUCCACUUGUGGUUCGGUGUUUUCUCAGCUGUGCUCGGGACAACGGGUCUGAUACACUGACUCUACACAUAAAAAACAUCUGAUUUAAGUGACAAAAGCUACUGUAUGUAUAAAGAUAACUAUAACGUGUUAGAGUGAAACAACAAACUGUUAAUUAUGUUUAUGGUUCUUCAUUUGACAAAAUGUCAACUACAUUUGCACAUAAACUACGGCCUGCUGUAUUUAUACCAAAUGCUGUGACAGUGAGAUAAGUUAUUGUGCAAAGUGAAGUCAAGCUCACCUCUGGAUAGUACGCUCCAUAAAAGUUUAAAGGAGUAGGAUUUUUUACAGCAAGCCUUUUUUGUCAACUUUCCUUGUUUUUUUGUAUUUGAGUCAACAUUUUGCAUAUACACAAUAUGGCUUUACAUUAACUCUAAUCUACUAUUCUUUAAGUGUGUUUUUACAGUGAGAUAGAAGUAUGAUGAAUAAUAGAAUUAGGGACUUACAAUAAUAAUAAUUAUAUUUCUUUCUGAGUUACAAGCUGAGGGACUUUCCUUUUUCAUGAACUGCUAUUUCUUCUUUACUUGUCAUGCAUAAUGUUAUCUUGACUGUUGUUCACACAAUUGAACAUAGAUUAGACAAUUAAGGCAUUUCCUAAAUGUAUGUACACUUGUAUAUUUGUAGGAAAACCAAAAUAAGUUCUAAAUGGACAUUAAUACCUUUUAUUCUCUGCCAUAAUACCAGCUUCUUCUCUAUUCCUGCUUAUGAUAUGACUCUUUAGGGGCUAAAUGCAUUGCUUUUUAUAUUAUCAACAUUUAUGAAAUUAAAACUGAGGAGGAAUGUGCUGCCAGAUUUACUAUUAAGAAA